AGAAGAAGAAGAAGAAGAAGAGUAACCAUGAACGCCUGGAGGAUCUUUGUAAAUGUAGUUUUAUUACUUCCAGACGUAACGCCAUUGACAAAACUACAAGCCCUACAGGUCAAUCGGACUGCAGACACGGAAGUGAAUGAAUUCUUGUUGGAAAAGUUGUCUUGCCAGCAGUGUUGUUAAUUUCUGACUCGUUGCUUGUGCCUGUGAAUUCCUCAUUCGGGAUACCAAAGGUAAAACAGUGCUUUACCUAAUAAUUUACGACUAUUUGGUUAACAGUAAACCGUCGUUUUAAAAUUGUGAGAAAAUAAUGUUUCUGUAAGCUUAGUUAGCUAACGUCUUUAGCUGACAAGCGUACUGUAGUUACAUUCAGCGUGCAGUACACUCAAUGUCUUUAUGCUAACAGCUAGCUGAAAUAUUGUUGUGUACUAGAUCGCAAAAUGAUUUAGCUUGCUAACAAAUGUCCUCAAUGCACCAACGUUCUAUGGUAUGAUAGGGCUACACGGUUGUCUGUAAAAAGAGUGUGAAAUCUGUUGCUGGGCCUUUGAUUUCUAGGUAGCUAGUUACACAGUUGAGAAAAACCUGUUCUCAGUCAUGCAUGCCUUAUGUUACUUAGUCUGUGCCUCUGCCUGUCUGCCUGUCAUGAUAGAGAAAUUCAUGGUAUGUUACUCAAUUUGCUUUUUGGCACCACACCUUCAGAGCAACUGUCAUUGCUGUUGGCUGAAACAUAACUUAAAUGGUGUUUUGAGUACAGUAAUUUUAUUCUGAUCUGAAAAUGUCUAGCAAGGUGUGAGAUUGAUAUAGGCUUUAGCCAGAGUAAGUUUAAUGUUGUGUUAGACUUAUCCAGAACGCUGCAGCCCGUCUGGUGUUCGACCUUCCCAAGUUCUCUCAUGUCACCCCACUCCUCCGCACACUCCACUGGCUUCCAGGUGCUUGCCUACGGAGCUGUGAGGGGAACGGCACCUCCUUACCUUCAGGCUCUGAUCAGACCCUACACCCAAACGAGGGCACUACGUUCAUCCACUUCUGGCCUGCUAGCUCCCCUACCUCUUCGGAAGCACAGUUCCCGCUCAGCCCAGUCAAAGCUAUUUGCUGCUCUGGCACCCCAAUGGUGGAACAAGCUCCCCCACGACGCCAGGACAGCGGAGUCACUGACCACCUUCCGGAGACACUUGAAACCCUACCUCUUUAAGGAAUACCUGGAAUAGUAUAAAGCAAUCCUUCUACCCCCCCCCCCCCCUCCCCCACCCCCCCAUAAAAAAAAAAGUGGUUAUCCCACUGGCUAUCAUAAGUUGAAUGCACCAAUUUGUAAGUCGCUCUGGAUAAGAGCGUCUGCUAAAUGAUGUAAAUGUAAAUGUUAGUUAAUAUUGGCCUGGUUGACUUUUCCCCCUUUCAGUAAUGGUGCCCAUCUUGCCCGUGGGCAUGGGCGGCUACUAGCAAUGCAACAAAGAACCUCAUUGAGAAGGUUAAAGGAAUCUCUGCGUGGAUGUGGAGCAUGCACUAGCCAGCAGCUGGGUUGAUGCAUCACACAUUACCUUAGACACAGUCCUGCACAGAGCCCAACAUUGUCUAAUGAUGAAAGCUUAUCUGUGUAUGAACUAUGAAUCAUUUCUCACUGGGCACUGGGUUCUCCUCAGAAUUAUUAUUAUUUUUCAACAUUACUGUGCUUUUCAUGGCCUCAGUUUGAGCUUGAAUUGUUUAUACAGGGAGUGUGUAAUGGGUAGCCUGACUACACACUCAAUUAUUGUGCUGCUCUGUCGUUCGCUACAUACUUUAGUCUGAGACUGCCAUCAUUGAAGUCGUUUGUGGUGACGAGGGGUGAUGUAGAAAAGUCAUCAGCGAUUGGAUCGUCUCUAACCAAUCAGAUUAUCAAAGCCAAUGAUGAAUUUUCAAACUGUCGCUUUACCCACAUGUGUUCGGCUCUGGCCUAACCCAUCAGUUUUUGCGUCGGUGAUGAUGUACUCAGAUCAGGAAUUGGCAGAUUCGAAUAUGGCACCGGUCUAUGGCCUGUGAUGUGAACGGGCAAAAGCGGUGAGGGAGGAGCAGUAAUCUCCACCGCUCUGUGAUGUCAACAAGGCAGCAUGGUGCACCGUCCAGAAACAUCUAUUUUCCAUGAAAUAUAUGUUUGAAUUUUCAAAAAAGUUUUCAUUGGGAAGGCAGUGUCAUGACUUGCCCUCAUGGGCUGAGGAUCAAAGAUGCCGGCUAGGCAAAGGUUUGAACACCCCUCUCCUGGGGGCCAGUUUUAUGACCGGUCGUAAAUUCCUUGCAGAAACGUUAUUUUCCGUGCCAUGCAUUAAUGGGAGAGGGUAUUUCCCUGUGGAACAAAGGAAGUCUUCUCACCAAGACUCCAACAUCCAAAAGUGAAUAAUGAAACAAUAUUCCUACUUAAAAUAAUGUGGGAAAUGGUCGGUGGCGACUUAAAAAACAAUAAUGUCAAAUUGUGGUCCUCUGUAGCUCAGCUGGUAGAGCACGGCGCUUGUAACGCCAGGGUAGUGGGUUCGAUCCCCGGGACCACCCAUACACAAAAAUGUAUGCACGCAUGACUGUAAGUCGCUUUGGAUAAAAGCGUCUGCUAAAUGGCAUAUUAUUAUUAUUAAAUUCGUUACUAUGUUGUGAUGGCAUUAAAGACAGUGGAACAACAUAACUGUAUCUCUGGGGGUGUACACUUCCCAGUUAUGAGGUUUGCAUCUAAUUGUUGUAUAAAACGAAUGAUUAAGUAUAAUAAUAAUUUUGUGAAAAUAACAAUGUGAUUUUAGCAUUCUAGAUGAGAUGAUUGUUUCCAUAUUGAUUUGUUCUCAGUCAGUGGCCAUGCCCAGAUGAGCACAAACAUGAUGAAACGGCCCCUUUUCUACUCAAGUAUAAAACCCCUCCUGACGAAAUUGAAGCUUCACUGAAGCUUCACGUUACAAAAUGGUUAGACCAGAAAGACCAGAAAACGUGAGAAGUUAGUCCACACAUUUGAAAUGGAGAAACUCUGAAACUCUCAACCUCUACACGAGGUGAAGAAGAAGACAAUGCACUAGACCUUAUCAUCUCAGUCUGCAGCUGGCAUGUAUAGUCGUCUAGAGAACUUUCACUAAAGACACGAGUUGGGAAGGACUAUACCUCUCCGACAACCUCUGGUACAUCUGAAGUAUCUAUUCUAACAGAUCAACUCUACGAACUACAGGGUACGCUGAAGUAUCCAUUCUAACCACCACUGCGACCAGAAACUACCAAGGACAUUGGGAUCUCUGGUGGGCAAACCAGAGUCCUACAUCAUCAACUCAACUAUCGAGGACAGCUACACAUAAAUACAUGUUGUAUUUCUAAUCCGAAUGAGCGUAAUUAGGGUGCAUAAGUAUUAUGAUUACUGUGAGCGUAGUUUCCAAAGUAACUAUGAUAGUUUGAAUCUCUGUCUCUCCCUUCCAUUCUGACCCCUCCUUCUACCCAAGCAUUCAUGCUUUUGUUAGUCCAGUCCACUAGGGACCUGUUUUCAUUGUAUUACGUUAGUAAUCAAUAACCCUAUGUGUGUGUGUGUGUGUGUGUGUGUGUGUUUGUAUUGUGUUUGUAUUGUGUUAUUAUUUAGUUAGUUAGUAAAUAAACAAUCAAGCCAAUUUGUGUAUUGCUGAUUCAUCAAUAAGGUUUGGGUUCUUGCAGGUUCAAGGAUUAUGCGACGUUCAGAAUGAGACUGAUAAGAGGUAAUUAUUUAAUAAGUGACUGUUAUCGAUAUAUAACAUAUAUCUUCUAAGAGUUUAAUUCGGGAGAUGGUAACUCGUUAAACAACUUCUUCCGUGGUGCCCCAAAUUCCUAAUGAGUUAAUUGUUAAGAUGAUUAAUUUAAUUGAGUGACAAUUAAACAUAAUUAGUGGAUUCGAUAAAUAACAGUCAUACAUUAAAAGUAAGUAAAGUCACAACAGCAGAUAAAGCUUUUGUUAAAUCACUUUUGCAUGUGAAAACACCGAAUCCUACUUGUUACUCCACGUGCUUAAUUACGUCACUUUCGUUUUGAGCCAUCUUCACCGUGGGUGUUGAAUGGGGCACCUGGCUCACGCCCGGGAGGCAGCCCGAUUCCAAAACGAAUGCAAUUAACUUCAACCCGGUGCAAAACACGCCUACCCGGGCACCCGGCCCAGUUUAAUCGAAUCCCCUCGCUUAUUGCGGAGAAGAAACUAACGUCCGUGGGCGUGGUGUAGCGUUUAGUCGGAGCAAGGAGUCUGGGUAGCCAGGCAAUGUAAUGGGAUGGAAGUCGCCAGAGUUGUAACACCUAUUAGUUAUAAAGUAUUAUCAGCUUUGAUAAUAGCUUGACGUGAGGCAGGCCUAAAUCUAACCUACUCUAACAUGAAACAUUUCACGCCUCAGAUUUGCACCAUUAUUAAUGUCACAAGUUUAAAUCUCGUGUGUCCCGUCACCCACAGGGAACGAUGGGGAGCGAACCAGGCCCAGUCCAGAUUGUGACAGUUUGCAAGGAGGAUCACUCCUUUGCCUUGGACACAGAGGCUCUGGGACGGGUUCUGCUGGCACCAGAGGUCCGGGACAAACAUGUGGUGGUGCUCUCAGUGGCAGGGGCCUUCCGGAAAGGCAAGAGCUUCAUUCUGGACUUCAUGCUCCGCUACAUGUACAGGAAGGUCAGUGUUUCUGAAAUUAGAACAUACACACCCAUGGUCCUAAGCUUGGUUCAAAGUUCAGUAUUUCAUUAGUUUUCUAUCACAUACAGGUAACUGUGUGUGCGUAUGUCUGUGUAUGAAAACAAUGUAAACCAUAUGCCCUAGGCCGUCUCUGUCACCAGAUCUCAACCCAAUUUAACACUUAUGGGAGAUUCUGGAGCGGCGCCUGAGACCGGGUUUUCCACCACCAUUAACAAAACAUCAAAUGAUGGAAUUUCUUGUGGAAAAUUAGUGUCGCAUCAUCCCUCCAAUAGAGUUCAAGACACUUGUAGAAUCUAUGCCAAGGUGCAUUGAAGCUGUUCUGGCUAGUUGUGGCCCAACGCCCUAUAAAGAUACUUUAUGUUGGUGUUUCAUUUAUUUUGGCAGUUACCUGUAUCUCUCCCUGUGACCUGAAUUGUUUCAUGAUGUCAGACUUAUUCUCAGGGCUGCUGCCCAGUCAGUAAUGUGUAGCGGCGUAUGUAUUCCUCCAGAAGCAUGGUGAGGAGUGGCUGGGCCAGGACGAUGAGCCCCUGACUGGGUUCAAAUGGAGGGGGGGCUCAGAGCCAGAGACCACCGGCAUCCAGCUGUGGAGUGAGGUCUUCCUGGUGGAGAAGAGCGAUGGAACAGAGGUACUGACUCCAACAUUCAAAACUAUGCGCUUUGGAAUGAUUCUGCCAUUGUGCUAGAAAGUUGUUUGGGCACUGGAACUGAACAGUGUGCAAAGUGUAAUGUUUAUGUUGGUAUUAUGCAUUUGAUUGAUUGAUUGAUGGAUGGAUUGAUUUCUGCCCUCUAUAGGUGGCAGUAUUACUGAUGGACACCCAGGGCGCAUUUGAUAACCAGUCCACUGUGAAGGAUUGUGCCACAAUCUUUGCCCUCAGCACCAUGACCAGCUCAAUACAGGUGAUCUGCUGUGCACUCAUGUAAUUUGUUAUAAUUGAUGUCAUUGGUGUUAAUAUGUUUGUGUAAUAUGGUUGUGAUUGUUUGUGUCUCUCUUGCAGAUCUACAACCUCUCACAGAACAUUCAGGAAGAUGAUCUGCAGCAGUUGCAGGUCAGUCUUCCUCAGCAGCAGCAUGUGUGCCUGGCUAAAGCGACAGACUCUGGCUGACUCCAGUCUGGGGAGGCGCUUUGAUGUUGUUGGCAUGAUGCGUUGAUUAUGAAGAGGACUGUGCUUUUACAGUGGUUGGUUCUUUGUGUCUCUCUCACUGAAACACCCACACACACAGCCCCCGAGCGCCAUGCCCUUGCUUUGCAACUGUUCGUUUUUCAAAUCCAAACUGCGAAAGGUCUUAACCCCCUAGAAAAAAAGGGUUGUGAUAACCAACCAGCUUGAUUGCUCAAAACUGAGCUCUAAAACUACCUUUAACAUUGGACUCAACAGGGAAUCCAGACCAACAGUGUGUACCUUAAAAUAAAAUAAAAAAUAUGCCAUUUAGCAGACGCUUUUAUCCAAAGCAACUUACAGUCGUGCGUGCAUACAUUUUUGUGUAUGGGUGGUCCCGGGGAUCGAACCCACUACCUUGGCGUUACAAGCGCCGUGCUCUACCAGCUGAGCUACAGAGGACCUUGUGCUAUUCCACGUGGUCUAGUGUCAGCCAGGCUAGCAACAUGUUCCACGACCUGAGAGCAUGGCUCCCCAGGACACGGAAAUUCUGGAAUUGAAACACAAGCCUAGGCAUAGAAAGUGAGGGGUUUUGCAUACCAAUGUGCUCAUUCAAAGUCAGGGAACUUCAGAACAUACCUGAAGGCAGGGCUCUAAAUUAACAUUUAUCAUAGACUGUUUGGUUGUUUUUUACUAUGGGGCAAACAGACAGGGUUGGCUUAGAUUGUUGACAACAUGUAAACUAUAUUUUGUCUCCAAUGUUUAUUGAAAACAUAAAUACAUUUGCACAAUGAGCACUUGUUGUCUCAAAUACAUCGUUACAGUUGUUGGUUAGCUAGCUAGCGAAUUUUAGCCAUAUUAGCAUUGACAUGAAAUCAUUCAAAACACCCCAAAACAAGACAUGGUAUUAAGAAAUAGAUGAAACUAACUAAAACGGGUCACUUACGAUUAUCCACAUGGCAGUUUCUUGUCAUUGUUGGUAGCUAUCUGGCCAUCCAGAAUCACAACAACUCAUGGACGUCUGCCCCAUUGAAGCACUGGUGCUUCCAACUUAAACAAAGUUAGGAGCACAACAUAAAAUCUAGGAGCACCAGAAGAUUUUUAAUUUUUAUUGAUUGAGAUAUAGCAAGAGAUCAGUCAUUCAUUCAUUUAUUAAUUUCUAUGAUCGUUGAUAUUCUAAAGAAGCUAUGUACUGGUAAAGUAACCAGGUUGUUAGCUAGCUAGCUAAUGAGGUAACAUGACUGAACAAGGUGUAAACAAAUGUCUGUGAAUGGUUUUGGAACAUCCCGCGACAUGCUUUAUGAACAGGGCCUAAAAACAAACGUUUUGGUCUGCCAGCCACUUUGGCAGGUAAAUGUCCACAACAAUGCUUAAACCACAUCAGGAUACCACUUUUGAGGUCUGGAGAAGAAAAUAAUAACAUUUUGGAGGGUAUAGUUGCCCUUUAAUUUCAAUUGUUCACCUCAAGAGACUGGUGUUUGGCUGGUGGUGUUUCUGUACUGCAUCUGCAAUAGCAGAGUUUGCGAACCAAAAGACCACUCAAAUGAUACAAAUCAUCAUGAUAUUGUAUCAUUUUGCCAGAUAAGCCUACUUUACAGUUAACAUUUAAUUUGGAAAGUUUUAUAGGAAAGCAUUUAGAAACGACUGUUUCAGCAUCACUAACUGGCUACACAAAGUGUAGACACAGGCAUUCCCAUGCCAUUAGUUAUUCAGAAAGUUGCAACAAGUACAAAUCACUGAUGCAUUUUAAAAUAUUAUUUUACAUGUAGGCUUUGGAAUGAAUGAAUCUGCGCUCGCUUUUUUUCUCUAGGGCACUCGGAAACAACUACAGUGAAGUCUAUCAUUACAACAAUUUUUAAAUGGGUGAUUUUUAUUUUUUUAUGGUCGCACUUGUGCUCCCAAAAUAAAAUAUCAGGUCGCACAGCAAAAUACCUUUGAGCAUAUGCGACCAAAAUGGUUGCACUUUAGAGCCCUUCAUGAAGGCCACAUUAUUUACAGUAUCUGUUUCUAAUAGCAAUUGCAGUACCUCAAGUUAAUUUAGCCUUUUUUUAAAAUUUGAUUUCUUGUGCAUAAUUAAUUACACCCCUGUAUGUUCUGUCUUCGUCCAGCUGUUCACAGAGUAUGGUCGCCUCGCCAUGGAUGAAAUCUAUCUGAAGCCCUUUCAGGUAUGUGAACCAAAAGUCUUAUAAAUAUCAAGCAAACGUUCAUUGGUCAUUUAGGAUCUAGACCAAUUAUCUUUAAGUGCCUUUUGACCUUACUCACAGUCACUUUUUCUGGUAUAUAUUUGCUAACUAAAAGUGCCUUGUCUUUACCAUACCUGGUCUCUCUCUAUUCUCCCUUUUUACCCACAGUCUCUGAUGUUCCUAAUCAGGGAUUGGAGCUUUCCCUAUGAGUAUAAAUAUGGGCUGAAGGGAGGCAGCGAGUUCCUGGAUAAACGUCUACAGGUACCAGUCCCUUUUCAGGGUACAAAUUGAAGUGCUUUUUGUGAUUGUUGUUGCUGCACUGUGUAAGAUAUGAUAGUAAAUUCAGCCAGGUUCAGUUAUGCAUUGGUGAUAGUAACCAGCAUGUGUGAUGUUGUGCAGGUGAAGGAGACCCAGCAUGAGGAACUACAGACGGUGAGGGAACACAUUAAUUCAUGCUUCACCUCCAUCAGCUGUUUCCUGUUACCACAUCCUGGGUUGAAGGUGGCCACCAGCCCCGCUUUCAAGGGCCAGCUUAGUGGUAUGGCUGCCCCCUUGUCCAUCUUGUUAAUCCAUCUAAUGAGGAACCAACUGUCUGAGGAAUUAACUUGAUCUGUUUCAACCCUCUCUCAGAUGUGGCUCCCGAGUUUAAAAAGGAGCUAUGCAACCUCAUCCCCACACUGCUGCACCCUAGCAGCCUGGCUGAGAAAGAGAUCAACGGCAACAAAGUCACCUGCAGGGGCCUGCUGGAGUUCUUCAAGGUGAGACUGUGUGUUUAGCUCUCUGAGGUACCUGCCAGGUUUGUAUCAUCAAGUCAUGUUUGACAGUAUAAUGUUUGUGAUUACAGGCAUACAUCAAGAUCUAUCAGGGUGAAGACCUGCCACACCCGAAGUCUAUGCUGCAGGUACACACCCAUUAACCACUUAGGUUUUCCACUUUGAGAGUAAUGUAAUAUUCCACUGUAUUGCUCUUCAACAGAGGAAUAUAAUGUUAAUAUUGAAGUUGAGGAUGUUCAUAAGUCUUGAGGUGUUCUUGAAUGUCACUAGUCCACUGCCACUAAAUGUACAGUAUAUCUCUCUCAAAAGGCCACAGCAGAGGCCAACAACUUGGCAGCCGUGGCAGCAGCCAAAGACCAGUAUUACAAAAACAUGGAGAAGGUGGGUUUGUGUUGAAGAAUGUGCAUUUUUAUCUGAAAGAACAGUUACUCUUAAGAUCUCACCUUGCAUUCUGUUUUCUUCUCUCCCUCUAUUGUCCUGAAGGUCUGCGGGGGAGACCUUCCCUAUGUGGCUCCUGCCUCUCUGGAGGAGAAGCACCAAUUCUUCUUCCGGGAGUCCCUCCAUGUCUUCUCCUCCACCAAGAAGAUGGGAGGGCAGGAGUUCUGCGACCGCUACCAAGACCAGCUGGAGGCCGAGCUGGUAGAGCUGUGGCAGUCUUUCAGCAAGCAUAAUGAGGUAAGAGUCACACCAGAUACAUUUUUUGUUAGUAAAAACAUUUUAUUUUCCAUUUUAAAUUCACUGAUGAUAAAUUCAAGGUAUAAUUAUUGAAAUCAAUAGAUAAACAUUAUAAUUAAUAUGAUUUUAUUUUAUUUCUCUUUGAAAGUCAAAGAAUGUCUUCAGUGCAUUCCGGACGCCCGCAGUGCUUUUUGUUCUUGUGUGCUUCCUGUACGUGCUGUCAGGGCUGUUGCUCUUCAUCGGCCUGGCUACCAUUGCUUUUGCAUGUGACUGUGUCUUGGGCCUGGCCAUGGUCGCCAUGCUCACCUGGAGCUUCAUACGCUAUUCUGGAAAAUACCGGGGGCUGGGGGGAGCCAUCGACCAGACAGCAGGCGUCAUACUGCAGCAGGUGAGCACAUAUUUUGAAUUGUGUGUGUGUGUAUGUGUGUGUGUGUGUGUGUGUGUGUGUGUGUGUGUGUGUGGGCCCAUCACAUUUGGUGUACAGAGUAUGCAGUUGGACUGUAAAAAAAACCAAAGCAUAGUUAUUGUUUGUAAACUUUUGGUAAGAAUCAACAUUUUCCUCCUUAGAAAUAAUUAAAGUACCCUUAUUUACAGUUUUCAUUCAAUACAAUUUAAUCAUGUCCUUCUUUUCUUUCAGGCCACCGUGGUAUUGAACAAGUCGAGGCCAGCGGUGGCUGAGAUGAGGAAAUCCAGCUAGAUGGCCUCGACCCUGUCUCUCAAUGCAAUACAACAUGCACACAACACAAGCACACAUCCCAGCACUAAAGCCUUACCAUGCUAUCCAAUGGAACCAACAUACAGCACCUACAAGGUGCAGUUACAACACCAACACAUGAUUAUAAUGGCAAUGGGAGGUCAAAACGAUGCAGAUACACCAGCAUCUUUUCAAUCGCACAAUUUUACAUCAAAGGUUACAUCAUCGUCUAUCUACAUAAAGAUGAGAUCAUAGUCUUACAGAGUAUCUGGGGCAAGGUGCAUUCUCAGACCCAUGGGGUUGUUUAUUCCCCUGGACCUGUUUUUAACACUGACUGACACUGCCAUUCUCACACACCUCCCCUCGUUUAUAAAGACAACCCAGUGAUGUUUACGUAGAAACACUAGACCCAAGUAAUGUAUUAUUAUUGGACAUGCCAUGGAUUUGAAUGCAUCAUAAUCUAUGUAUCCUUUGUGACCAAUGCUUAGUAUUAGGAGGCUGGCCAGGGGGCUUUUAAGUCGAAUAAGACUUGAGCAGUGUAUCCUCCUGAUGCAAUUUACCUAUGCUAUGCUGUGCUGUAAUGGGGUAUACCAGUUAUACAUGUAGCCAGAUCUUCUUGACUUAAUGCUGGUCUCUUUAUACCGCUCUGUGGCCUUGUGCACAUUCCAUCCCAUUCCCAGUUUUGCAUUAUGCUCCUUAUUUGCUUCCCCUGAUCCAUGUCAGGGAUUCCUUGUUGUUGUACUGCUUUCGCUUCGUUCUUGAUUCCAGGCUUGGUGACUCUAAAACACAAGCCCACUUUAGAGGCAGUGCUGAUGCAUUCCACUGUUAUCCUUUGUAAGUUUUAGACUGCUUCACUGCUUGUAACUUGACCAAAAUGUCUUACAGUACAUUACUUCUGAACUUGGAAGGUUGGUUAAGAGAAGUUAGUUAAGUGGCACUUACUUGAGGAAUUAAUGCGCCAAAGAUGUUAUAUGUAAGAUUUUGCAGUACAGAGGAUCGCUUGAAAGGAAAUUGUGAUCAUUUUGAAUUUAUGGGAACAGUUUUCUUAUAUGGAUUAGGAUAACUGGUUUGUGUGUAAACAGGUGAUGGGUAAUGUGAGGCGCUUGGUGACCUGUCAGCCAAAGAAUUACCCAUAAGCAUAGGGGUACAAUGAAAGGCAAGAGACCUCUUCCUCAGAAUCCAGAUAAAUCGACAUAGUUCUACAAAAUCCAUUGUCUCUGACAUUCCUUUUGCACAUUCCAUGUCCAUGUUCCAUUCCAUUGUUGAGGAGGGAUUUUUCCGCAUUUACUAUUGCACUCUCCCUAUGUACAGUUACAUUUGAACUCAUUCCACAAAUAAAAAUAUAUUACAGUAGAUACAUGAAAUUCAUGUUCUCAUUAUUGCUUCCUUUUUUUAAUCAUCUUUUGCAAUAGUAUUUUUUGUGGCCUUGGUAACUG